UAAUUUUAUACACAUGUAGGUCAAUGAAAAAAAUGGCUUAGCACCAAAAGCUCGUAUGUAUCGUGGCAAGGAAUAAUUUUUAAUUUAAAUGGCCUUCAGUGAUUUAUGUCACAUAGGUAAUGCGUAUAAAACCGUCGAAAAUGAAUCGGAUCAGUCGGAACGCAUUAUGGAAGAAAACUCGAUGGUCCGUGACCUCAUCACAAAAAUCCUGGAUGAAACUGGACCAGCUGAAGGGUGCAGCUCUGCACAAACAUCGGAAAAAACAGUAAGCGGAUUACCAUCGAACGCGCAAUACCCCAAAAAUGACGCAUCCACCUCAUUCAUGCCACCGUAUUACCAGAACAACCUAUACAAUUUCGGCCAAAAUGAACAAAACGGCUUCAACUUCAGCCUACAAAACGGCUUCGGCAAUAACUUCGUCAAUUACCCAGAUAAUGACGCACUUUUGGGCUUAGAAACUGAUUCAGGAUCUGAUGUGACACCGGAACAACUUAACUUGCUCAGACUAGCCGCCCAAGAAAUAGGAGGGGCGCAAUUCUCAAGUCCUAAGUAUGACGAUAAAUACUACAAUUUCUUCGAACCGAGCCAAAGAAAUUCACUACCUGAAACCAAUAUGUAUCCCAACAAUUUUAACCGACCAAACAGUUUGAAUCUAGACAUGAAUUUCAACGCGACUUAUGAUAAUUUCAAUCAGAGGUACCCUAAUAAAUUUGAUAACUUCAAAGAGCAGAAUCAAGAUGCCGAAUUGUUGGCAUAUUUGAGUCAGCUUAACAUGUCUUUAGAGCGAGGCAGAGAUGAUACUAUACCGAACAAUAUGGACUUCAAAUUGCCGUUAGAAAAUCAUUACCAAAGCGAUGAUUUCAAUAAGAUGAAAGAGAAUAAGAUGUUUUUUAAUCGCAACUUCCAACCACCCCAAAAGAACUUUAACGGCGAGAAUUUCUACGAUAUGAUGUCACAAGUGAACGACAGGAACGCUAUGAACCAGAAUUUCGAUUUUGCGAACCAGACGCCAGUUUCAAACUCGAAUAUGAAUUAUAAGCCUAACGGUUUCCACCAGAACGAGUUUCUACGUAGGGAUAUGCCGAGGGAGUUUCAGAAUGGUAUGAGUGAGAGGAAUAAUUUCAAUGGCGGUGAUAAUGCGCAGGCGCUGAUGAGGCAUAAUCAGGAAUUGGCGAGGCAGAUGAGUUUGUUGAUGAGGAAUAGACCUCCGCCGAACCAGCUGAACGUAGAUGUUUCCUUUAUGCCGGAAAAUGCUCCUUUUAAUCUUGGUCUCGGCGCUCUUCUGGGCCCAAGUCCACCGGUCCCGCCGCCAGUGUUGCCAUCUCCGAUGUUGGAUCUGCCAUUGUUGGCGCCUUUCUACGCUAUGAGGAAUAUGAGCAGGGGCGCGGCGACGUCGUCGGGCGUGCUGCACGCGCGGCUGGACGCGUGCUACGAGCAGUGGCGGCAGCUGGAGCGCGAGCGCAAGCGCACGGAGGCGCGCCUGGCGCUGGCCUACCCGGGCCGCGCGGUCUCCUCGUCCAACUCCAUCCCCGUGCCGCGCCUGCCGCCCUGCCCCACGCGCGUCGACCGCCUCACCGUCGACAUGCUGCGGGAGCACACCAAGGUACUAACUUUAAUGGGCAAGAUGGAGACUCUCCGAGCUAGUGUUUGUGUGGCGCAAAACAAGAAGCCGACCAGGCCGGAGGAGAACAAGAUCACUGUGCUGAAGCGGGGGGAGAACGUGGAGAAGGACAAGGAGUUGGAUCCGGACACGUUCGAUCCCAGCUCGUGGAAGGAGGAUGUCAAUAAUCUCGCUGAAAUAGCCCCUCACAGCGAAGUGGAGAGCGCCAUGCUGUCGUGGCGCGCCGCCGUGGGCGCCGUGCAGGCGGCGCGGCGCCGCGAGCUCGCGCAUGCGCGGCACCGACACGACCCCAUUCUCCAACUGGCCGAAGCAGUGAAACAGCUAGGAAUCUGCGCCCGCCGCGCUCGCUGUGCGAUGUGGUGCGAUCUGACCUUAACUGUAGCACUCGCCCCGCACUCCAACACCGCCGCCACGAGGCGAGAGAUCAACGAGAGUCCGCCGCAACAGCCUCAAAAUCAGCCCCCAAGUAAAGUUCAGGAGAACGCGACCGCCAACCAGUCAGACAAAGCUCAGACACAGACUCAGGCGCAGGCUGAAACUAAAGAGCAAGAGAAACCACCAAACGACACACAAACAAAGACAGAUUCAAAACCGGAAAACAAGAAACAGACAGACAAACAACAGGACAAGAAUCAGCAGCGCCGCGCCCAGUACUACAGGAAGGUGAACCAGAGGGAUUACUAUCAGAAGAAUCAAAGGUACGACAAUAGGUUCAUGCAUAAUCGACACCCGUACUAUUUGGCCACGGGGCCUAUCAAUUAAUUGAAAUUUUUGAUCGCAAAAUGUGUUUAGAAUUGAACGUUUUAGGAUUUGUUUAAAUUUUAUUACAUAGAUACAAUCGGGUACAAAAGUUUUGGUAUUGUUUCUUGUGAACAAAAUUGUAUUUGAAUUUUUACCUUCGGUAAAAUAUGUUUAAGUUAAUCUUGGAAAAACUGUUGCCAUAGAAUUAUGAUAGAAAACUGGUUAAAUACUUUUGUACUUGACUGUUUAUGAAAUCUGUUUCUGAUGAAAUUGAAAUUGUAAAAGUUUUGCCAAAUUUUCAGACAGUUUUAGUUUAAAUAAAUUACUAAUUUUUCUAAUAAUAAAAUAUAAUGUAUUCUAUUCGUUCAAUUUUAAACACUUUUUAAAUAUACAUUGAAAGAUAUAACAUGAUUUGCUGUUUAAAUCUUUAUCUUUUAGAAGAAAUAAGCUAUGAACGACUUUGAAAUCUGAAUGUAUUUUCUCGUACGAGAUGUAAGAUACGAAUUUCAUGUAUUGAUUCUAAAAAUGAUUUUAAAUGAACUUUAAAUGUACCGUUUGAAUACGUGUAUCGAAAAAAAUGUAUAUCAAAUGAAAUGUCAAAGAUAUAGUUAUAUAUCAAAUUAAUCAAAUAAUGUUCUGAUUAAAAUGACUUAACUCAGUAUUCCCCAAUUCGAAUUAAGAACAUAAUUAAGUGAAAAUUACUUUAGAUAAAGUAAUUCAAUUGAAUUCGGUAGCCGAAACAUGACAACUGCUGUUGUCCCUUUCUAUUGUGUAGGGUUUGGAAAAGGACGGCAUUCGGCGCAAGAUUUCGUACCAGAAUUUGUAUACAAUUUUCGGAUAACGUGUAUCUUUAUUGAUAACGCACUUUUUUGUAAUUUUUCAGAUAGUUUGAUUAUAUUGGAAUUAUAUUAUUUAGAAUUGUCGUGAUCGUGAACAUAUAUGGCACCUAUCUUCCAGCAGAUUCUUAUGCGAGGGCGGUAAAGAGUUUUGCCCUCGACUGUACGCUUUAAAUAAAUUAUAUGUUUACUAGUAGACUUAUAUUUAGGUAUUUUAGUUAAAACAAAAAAUACAACUGAUAUUUUAGUCCUCUAAAUUUAAGUGUGUAACAAAGUUAUAAAAUCACACGUUAUUCGAAAUUGUUUAUAGUUACUUACUGAUAAUAUGAACAUGACAAUUUUACGAAAUAAUAGUUUUCGGGUAUACCUAUACAUACAUACCUACGGCUAUGAUUCGCCUUUCAGAAGCCUUAGUCGAGUUUUAAAAGAAUAUAUCCGAUAUUCUAUUUAGUGAAUUAUGUUUAGGUUUGUUUAAGCUGUUUUGUAAUGCGUUUGAGGAGAAAUUGCCACCAUGGAAAAAAGCGAUAAAAUGCACACUUAGUUUUUUGGCGUCGGUUGAGACUAAAUGCCUAUACGGUUUGCUGCAAUUUGGCUACUGCUUUUUUAUAGUAGUGAAAAUUAAAAUGAAUUUCAAAAUCCGUAUGUGUAAGUAAAAAGUCAAUGUCGCGUCUCAAUUCCAAACUAUGCUAAUUAGGACUCUGUUUUAUAAUGACUGAGUUAUCUCUUAUAUUUUUAUAUGCAUACAAUAAUAUAACUGGAUAAAAACAAUUAAAAAAGAAAUUGCAAAAUGCUAUUCAGAAGGAAAGUCAGUCUUAUUUCCAGCAUUGCAUUGCUCGUUGGCAUUUUAUCUUGCGCCUUGGUUUGUUAUUACACCGUCAAAUUGCAGUAUUUUCUAAAACUAAAAUUAUUUUCUCCUCACCGCGUUACUCCAAAACCAUGACCUAUUUUUUCAACAAAGGGGUCGUUGCAAUCCUCAUAAUAUCAUAUCAAUAUAACGAAUUGCACUUUUUAAAAUAACCACCAUGCAUUUAACAAAGUCUCGAUUAUAAAAAGUGAAUUCGUUUGUACACAGGUUAUUGAGACCACAUAAUAUAUUAAUAUAUAAAAUACUAUCUGUGUAUAGGUUAGUAUGUUUGCCAGUAAUUCCCGCUUGCUGAAUUUAAAGUAUUAAGUCUUGACGGCUAGUUGUUUGACUAAACUUGCCAAAUGCAUUUGGUGUGGGCGAAAACAAAAUGGCCGAUUUGGCUUGCGAUGACAAAAUGGCCGACGUUUGACGAGCGAAAAUAAAAUGGCGUAACUUACGCCGUUGCAUAAUAGUUCUAUUUAUUGAUGUUUAUACGUAAUAACGUAAGCAUUUUGUAUGUUAAAGAACAAGUUUUUUCUAUCCUAUAACUUUGUAGGAUAGCUCCGAUUAUAUAAUAGGAUAAAAUAAA